CUUUUGUUUAUGAUUUCCAGAAAGAUGCACCUGACUGAAACAUUUAUGCAAGGAUGACGUCUCCCUCAGUAUGUAUGCAACCUGCAACAACAAUAGGAGGAAGAUUUCUAUGCGGUGAUAUUAGACUUGGAGAUCACGAUUAUCCAUCUUGUAGUUGCCUCGGGGAUUUAUGUAAUUUACUGAACCAUUCUACUGGUGGUUGUUUGGUCACCAUUCAAAAGUGCGGUAGUUAACUCAUUUUUCCAUUUGUCACCAAUUAACCUCGCCACGGGCGCCGUGGACACCAUUAAAGUCGCUCUGAGGGUGUUUCACGCAUUUGAAGGCCCGAGGGCCACUGGUCAUUGGUCCACGGGACCCUCGGGCAUCUCAGGCUAAAGCAGCCGCCUCCUUCUCUGCCUCAAAAGCGCCACACGGCAUUGAGUCCGACGACUUGGCGGACUGCAGAGAGUCUGGCGUUCGGAGCAGAAGAGGAGGAAGAAAAAAAAACUUUUGGUCCGGAGGAAAAAUGUCAAGAGUCUAAUGGGCGGUCAGCUGACGCGGAGCUAAAGUGAUCAUCGACUGCGCAGGCUAUGGGUUAUCGAUAAGUGCAAAAAGGAACGCGUUGUUGCCAUUAAUUAUUUAUAUAUUAAAGCGUCGCGGAUGCGAGAGAGACGCCACAGCGGCGAGCAUCUCCCGCUCUGAGCCCGAGGAGUCCAGCGGCGGAUGAUGUCCCGACGCGAGAGCGUUUCCAGAGGAGUCGAAGGAGAGGACGAAGGAGGAUGAAGACGGGCGGAGAGGGAUCGGGACCGGCAGAGGCGGAAUAUAAUGAAGUUGAGUGGGAAAGGACUGUGCACCGUCUUCUCCAGCACUCUCCUCUUCGUGUGCGCCCUGAGCGAAGUUGUCGUUGGAUUAAGAUGCGUCUCGCUGGGAUCUACGGUCAAAGCGCAUUUCCACCUGGGCACCGCGGCCGGCGCCUUCUACUCGGGGCUACUCGUGGGCAUCGGCCAGGUGCUGCUGGGCUCCGCGCUGCUCUGUUGCACGGAGAAGCCCGGCUGCAGGAAUUUCUUCCUCCUCGGCGUGGUGGUCUUCCUGCUGGGGGUCCUCACCGCCUUCUCCGGCGCCGUGGUGGACGGGGACACCGCUUCUCUGGUGGAGAGGAAGUACUCCCACUACUGCUUCCACCCGCUGGCCGUGAACCCCGCGUGCGAGCAGCUGAGGGACUACCAGCGGAGCCUGGUCGUCUCCACCGUCCUCAGCACCCUGGAGUGCCUGCUGGGGCUCAUCCACCUGCUGGUCAUCAAGCGGUACAAGGCGGCGCAGUUCUCCAGGAGCAGACAGUGCCAGCGGCAGCGCGGCGCGAUCAUCUUCAGCGAGGAGAGGGACUGCUCCUCGGCGGAUUUCCAGCCGGUGUCCUACAUCAAUUUGGGUGUUUUUAACGUGUUGGACGAGACAGGAGCGGAGGUGCAGUGCGGGGGACACCCGUCCGUCGAGCUGCCGGGCUACUCGCCCUCGGACCCGGAGCUCAACCACAGCUUCCCGUUCUCGUACCCGCUGCCCAGCGAACUGCCGCCCGCGUACGAGGACAUCUUCCCCGCAGAGGCAUGCAACACAUAGCCGCUCCGGAGCAGCGCCGGCAGUGCUGUGACAAUCAGGGACUUUAAGCGAGCCUCCCAGUCCUCCCAGCAAAACCAGUAAGUUACAGAGGAAGACGGCAGGAGCGGGUUUUAAAUCACCCGGUUCCUUCUCAUUCUCAUAUAUGCCACAUAAUCCGCCUGAUAGAUUAUCAGCAGACCGGUGACCAAAGUGAGAGAGAGAGAGAGAGAGAGAGAGAGAGAGAGAGAGAGCAGGCACAUCAAGGCCCAUAAACGCAUCAGCUUGCUAGUAUAACAAAGCAGAGUUUGUGUUUUGAAUGUGUGCUGUUAACAUUUUUACGUGUGAAUAAAAACUAUAUUUAACCUCAUCCGACGUCUAGUUUAGAUUUUGGAAAUUGCAAGAAUUCAGCCCAAUCUUUUUACUCCAUGAGUUGAGAUAAUCAGUGAGGCGCUCAUGUUGCACAGUGCAACUCACCAGGACACUGUUCAGAGGCAGCGCGGGGGGGAGAAUGGCGUUAAUACAGGAUGCCGCAUUCCCCACAAUGCACCUGGCAGCAUCUUCCAUUAGACACCAGGCUUCGGACCUGCUGUUUAUAAAGCACGUCUCCUGUGGCCUCCAGUUGUUUGAGCGACAGCAGACAAUGUAACUGUUCACAAAGCCAGAAUUGACACACGGCAAAGUGAGCCUGACGUGUAAAAUGGGAUAAAGUUUCAGUUUGGUCAAAGGUCGCACAGCGGAAGAACAAAAUGAUUCAUGAAGCUGUUAUCAGAGAUAAUGAGGGCUCAGGAGGAAGCUGGCGGACGGGUUGCACCUGAACACACCGUUCGCCCAUAAACAGCAGAAGGGGCAACGAUAGGAAAUCUUUAUUUCACAACUCCUUUAAUGCACCGUCAGAUGCAGCAGGCUGCCCGGCUGCGAUACAGCUCCGCUUCUCAUAUGGUUCCCUUUAAUAUGAUUGGAAACAAGUCCAGUACACACACGCAGCCACACGGGUUCUCAGCACGCAUCUCCCCAGACCAUCGAAACCUUGCAGCCCCGCUGUUACUAAUUUCACUUACCUUCAGUGGAUUUGGCCGACAUCAUCGCGUCUCCUCCUUUGGCUGCUCUGUGGCAAAUGCAUAUGAAAUGGUUCUGGUUCCCUCCAGUCGGAGCUCUCAAAUGAUCAUCCACAGCCAAAUGUCUCUCCAGGGGCGUUUGGACUGAAAACUUUGCUUUACGGGAUCAGAGUAAUAAUCCUCCUCUUAUCCUUUUCAAACUGUGUGCUGAUGCUUUCCACGUACUCAUUCUACUUAGCCUGGGAUCUCUGUGCCAGAGCUCACUGCCAGAUAAUAAAAUAAAAGAAUCCUUCUGCUUAUUUUGUCCAAAAAUGAUAAAUACCAUGAACAAAUGCAGCAAUGCCGUCUUUACAUUAACAACAUUAACUCAGCAGCCUCUGACUGAAGCAACGAGCUCAACGGCUCCGUGCGACUCACCUGCUGUGGUCGUGCACUCGCAGCGUCUUCUGACCCUUUUGAAGCAAAGGGCAAAUCCAGCAGCACAAAUAAGGAGUGCGUCCUAGACAGAAGCAGGUGUGAAGCACAGACAAGCUGCAUGAGGAAGCUGGGCACCGUUACCUCCACAGAAAGUAGCUGGGAAGGUGUGUGCCCCCUCUCUAACCCCACAAGAGAGUGGGAGCAGAUGCUGUAAAGCAAUCCUGGCUCUGUUCCAUAUUUCUAUGAUACAUGCUUCUUAUUACUUAUGAUAAAUGACCAAACAUUAAACAGCUGAAGUCCAAAUAAGACAGGAAAAGCCAGUGUGAAUAAGCAUUUUCGGUUUUGCUCCACUGCUUCUGAAUAGGAUCUUUAGGAGGAUGAAUAUAAGAUAAAUAAAGUCCAGAUUUAUAUGGUAAUAUAAACUCCAGAUGAAUCUGCUGUCUGAUGAAACUAUCAGCCGUUCUAUUAAAUUACCAGAUUCAUAA